CCUUCUGGUGGAAACGGCUCGUGCUGCUCUUUGGUUCCACCCAAACAAACAAAGCUCAGCUGGAGGUUUUUUUUACCCGCAGAAACGUUCCACCGCUCGGCGUCCAGCCUGCUCUGAGCGGACAGACCUCCCGUUAACCGGAGACGAUGCCGGUGGGUGUCCUACGGUUCGCUAGCUGAUUGUUUCGCCAGUAUUUUCUGUCGUUGCGCAACAUUGGCAGCAACGUUAAGGGAGCUAGCUGCCAUCCAGCUCCGCCCGGCUCCGCUCCAGAGAUGACAACCGAGCUGCCCGUUACCGUGUCCGCCUAUAAACAGCUUCGGUAGACGGCUGUCGGUCCUGGUGUGUCUGCUGCUCGGACAGGGAGGAUUUUUUUGGGUCAAGCUAGCAGCUCCCUGCCUGAUAAAUCACCUCCCCCUCCUGUUCGCUGUUUGCUGCUGCCGUCUCCUCCUGGGCUUCUCCAGCCGUCGCUAUGAGCGCGAUGCGUGUCGAUGCCAAAGUGGUGAUGCUGGGAAAGGAGAGCGUCGGGAAGACCAGCCUGGUGGAGAGAUACGUUCAUCACCGCUUCCUGGUCGGCCCGUACCAGAACACCAUCGGUGCUGCUUUUGUUGCCAAACCAAUCCAGGUGGGAGAGAAAGUGAUAACGCUGGGAAUAUGGGACACGGCUGGAUCCGAGCGCUACGAAGCCAUGAGCAGAAUCUACUACAGAGGAGCUCGAGCCGCCAUCGUCUGCUACGAUCUGACCGACAGCAGCAGCUUCCAGAGAGCUCGCUUCUGGGUGAAAGAGCUGCAGAACUGUGAGGAGCACUGUAAGAUCUACCUGUGUGGCACCAAGAACGACCUGAUCGAAGGAGACCGAAGCCUGCGUCAAAUCGACUACCACGACGCUCAGGACUUUGCUGAAGAGAUCGGUGCACAGCAUUUUGAGACUUCAAGUAAAACAGGAAGCAACGUGGAUGAGCUGUUUCAGAAAGUUGCAGAGGAUUACAACAGCACUGCCUUCCAGUACAUGACAGCAGAGGAACCAGGUGUCGACUUGGGCCAGAAGAAAGACUCAUAUUUCUACUCCUGCUGCCAUAACAACUGAUGCUGCGCAACAGGAGGGGAAACCAAAGCGGUGGCCUUCCCUCGGCUGGAGUCAGACCUGGAUAUGCUGGACGGCUGUGACUCAGAAUCAGACAGCGCUGUUUAUACCUUUUACAUAUGUUAGUUUCUUUUGUGCCAUAAAGACCUGAGGGCUGCAAGACUCUGUGGAAAAGGAUUUACUAUGACUGCAGCUGGGUGGGGAGGGAUUUAAAGACUUUUCAUAUCAAGCGGUCACUGUUCUGUCACUCACAGGGAAGCUGCAGUCAAACAGUCGGUCUGAAAGACGACCUGCAGCAGUGAAGAGGUUUAAACAGUGCUGGCAGAAAACAGGGAUCCCACUGAACCCAGACUGGCAGCAACGCUGUUCAAGAAGAUGAAUCUUUUGUUUACAGCUGUUCAUUUUGUUUACCUCCAACUGUAUUUAACCCUGUUGUGGAAGCCUGCACGUCAUGGAGAAAAGCUGAGAUGUGUGUCAAAGAACGAGACACCCACUACGUAACCCAAAUGAAACACUUUGCUGGAUGAACACAUGAAUGAAAUGCUAGCCGUCAUCUUCAUAGAGGCCUUCAUACCAACAGGACAAAUGGCAGGAUUGUGCUUGUUUAUGUUCUUGAGCUUCAGCUCUUUGGUGUUUACCACGACUUUAGCUGUGACAGCCAUGGAUGUGUUUAAAGAGUCGAAUACGCCUCCACCACUCGGCCUUGCUCUGACUAUAGACUGUAUAGAAAAGAUGGAUGUAGCCUAAAACAAGUGAAGCCAAUUUGGAAUAAUAUCUAAAAUUACAUUCAUUCCAACAGCCAGCAGGGGGAGACUCCUCUGAAGUUUGAUUUAUAGAAGUUUAUAAGAAAAUUAAGCUCCUUCUCACUUAAUUUGUUACCUCAGUAAACAUUUUCCUAAUGAUGUUAUGGUUUCAACCGCUCGAUUCAAGUCUCCACUAAUACAGCAUGAUGACUAUUUAGUAAGUUAUGGUCCCAUUUUAAGGAAAACAAACAACAAAGCAGCUUUAGCUGGUUUCAAAAGAGCAAGAUGUCGCCGGCCAAAUGCCAACCUUGAGCCUUCAAAUUCAUCGCCCACAAACCAAGAGGUGCUGGUCGCUGAAUUCAUCUUUUAUAUACGGUCUAUAGAAUCCCCCAGUGGCCACUUGUGAUACUACAACAAAAAAUCCCCAAAGACCAACAAGAUGAAAUAUGAUUAUGAAUUUUUAAAAUGUGAAUGUUUGAUAUUUGUAAAGUUUUCCCAAAGCCCAGAAAAUCUCAUUUUAAGCACUCAAACCAUCUCAAAGUAACAUCUAUGAUCAGAGUGGUGAUAUACAGCAGGAGUAACACUAAUGCACAUGAGCAGAACAAGUCUUAUACAUCCAUGGUGAUGGCACAUAUCCGAUCGUUUCCGUUUUUGCACCAUAAGCUAUGAUUUUGUCAAAGUUUAGAAAAAUAAGAUGAUUUUACGUUGGUUCCUAUGAUGCCCAGAUUUCUGAGAUCAAUAAGCUGCAUGGCAAGGAAAAUUUGAGGGAGAAGUACUUUUCUACAUUUAGUUUUCAGUUUUGUAAUCCUAAAUGAAAAUGUGAUUGUCAAAUCUUCAGUUGUUUCAAGCAUCAAACGUCGAGCAUUGGAAAAAAAAACGUUCCCCUCCGCUGUGGUGACAAAAGGAUUUCACCGACAGGAAAAAGCCUCAUGGGAAAAUGUCGUAAUAUGGGUUAAACUGUCAUCUCUCAGUGUUCUCAGAGCAGUAUCUACAGCUAUAUUUAAGACUCGAGUCUCUAAUUUAUUGCCUUUUAAGUUGUGCUGCCAGACGGACAUUCGGGGAAAUCAACGGUUUCCUCCUUGUCGCUGCUUCGGUGUGUUGACGUUCGAUGUGUUGAUAUUUUGAUGCACAGUAUUUUUAUGGAGGCUAUCAAAGAGAGAUUGGUGUCCAAAUACGUUCUGUAAAAUAAAGAGCUUCUUCCAAGAAUGUCUGAAAACUGA